GCCUCCCGGAGCGUUUCAAGUUUCCCACUCUCUGUUUUCUCUCGGCCAAAAGAGAAAAAAAAAAGAAAAAAGAAUUGUUUCCGUUCUCCUUUUUACUGCUCUUCAUUCCGGCCAUCAGUUUCAGAUCGGAGGAGCGAAGCUAAGAGAGAAGAAUGGGCGAGAAACAGGGCAAGGAGGAGGGAGAGAAGAAGAAGGACGAGAAGAAGGCGGAGGCGACGAACGAGGAGAAGGGAGAUGAGAAGAAGAAGAAGAAGAAGGAAGAGAAGAAGGACGACGGUGGGUUCACCAUGGUGAUGAAGAUGGAUUUGCAUUGCGAAGGUUGUGCCAGGAGAGUGAAGCACUUCAUCAAGAAAUGUGAUGGGGUGGACGAAGUGAGGAUCGAUUUGAACAGCAACAAGAUAACGGUGGUGGGUAUGAUGGAUGGGCUCAAAUUGAAGGAAGGGCUGGAGUCCAAGACGAAGAAGAAGGUGGACAUCAUCUCCCCCAACCCACUGCCGAAGCCAGCUGAGAAAAAGGAGGAGAAGAAGGUCGAGAAGAAACCAGAGGAGAAGAAGAAUGAGAAGCAAGCGCCGCCGCCGGUGAAGGUUGUGGUCUUGAAGAUCAGGUUGCACUGCGACGGUUGCAUCCAGAAGAUCAAGCGCAUCAUCGGCAAGAUCAAGGGUGUGCAGAGCGUGGCUGUUGAAGACGCAAAGGAUCUGGUCACCGUGAAGGGCACCAUGGACGUCAAGGCCUUGCCGGAGUACCUCAAGCUGAAACUAAGAAGGGGUGUGGAGAUCGUGUCUCAGAAGGAAGAAGCGGGCGGUGGAGGCGAAAAGAAAGGGGGCGGCGAGAAGCCCAAAGAAGGUGGUGGAGACAAGAAGGAUGGUGGUGACAAGAAGAAAGAUGGUGGCGGCGAGAAGAAAGAUGGAGGGAAUGGCAAGAAAGACGGUGGGGGCGACAAGAAAAAGGACGGGGAUGGCGGCGAGAAGAAGAAGGACGGCGACGGCGGGGAGAAGAAGAAACCGGUGGAGGAUGCAGCGGCGGCGCCGGAUGCCAAGAAGGAGGAAGCGGCCAAGGUGGAGGUAAACAAGAUGGAGUACCAGUAUUCCCACUACGGUCCGGCGUACGCGGUAGAAUACGUGCAUGCGCCACAGUUAUUUAGCGACGAGAAUCCAAACGCCUGCUCCGUCAUGUGAAGGGGGAGCACCGUAAGCCGCCGCUGAUCCGCAAAUAUAAUUGUAGAUAAAGAAAGAUUUUAGGUGUUAGUGAAAGGAAAGAUGAUGAGGACUGAAGAUAUAUGAGGAGCCCUAGUGUAUGCAAAAUAUAUUUUUCCUUUUCGUUGUAUUACUUUGGUUGCCCUUGUUCCAUUCACAUUUCAAAAUUUUGUAUCUUCGUUGCUAAAAUGUUGCAUCCUGCUUCUCCUC